AUGACAGCAAAGACGACCACCACUUCUACAUCACCAUCCUCUGGUUCUAGUCCUGUAUUGAGAAAAUUACAGCACUGGAGCGGAAUUGCCUUCUCUGUGUUUGCUUCCCUCCAUGUGGCCACCACCAUUUCUGCUUCUCUUUCACCCUCUCAAUACGAUUCCGUGUUGAAUGCCACUCGUAAAUGGUAUCGGCCAUCCAUGGCCAUCGAAGGAUUGGUUGUUUUUGCUCCAUUGGCUCUCCACAUGAUUGCCAAUACUUUAAUUUUCAUGACUACAACAACAGAAAAACCAAUCGUCCGAUCCUUCUGGAAGAAACUUCAUACCUAUUCGGGAUAUGCUUUGGGAGGAAUGGUUCCUCUUCACUUGUUCGGAACUCGAUUUAUGCAUUCGUAUGCACAGGAAUUUGCUUCAUUGAAUUACGUAUUGGAAAAGGAAAUGGGAUUUGCUGUUGGAAUGUCGUAUUUCGUUGUGUUGUUGAGUGCUGGUGUGUAUCAUUCCUUGUAUGGAUUGAAUGUUGCAUUGGGAUACAAGAUGAAACAACCAUUGGUGUUGGCUUCCAUUGUUGGUGUGUUGGCUGCUGGUUAUUUUGGAUUAUUGGGAUUUGCUGGAUAUUUGUAUCCUGAAUUGAUGACAGCUGUCAGAGAAAAACAUUCACAAUUUGCUGCAGGUCAUUAA